CUAGAUGCUGAACAACAUGUUCACGGACAGGUCAAUCUGCGUGAUGCAGAAGGAGAUCUGCAGGCCGAUGAAACUGCUGUUCAGAUGAUGGAGACAGGCCAGAGAGUCGAAAAACUCAUAAAGCAAGGACGAUUAGUCCUUGAUCGAUAUGUCGCCGAGAGCCUUGAAAAAUUAGACCGGGAAAGAAAAGAAAAGAAAGAAGAGAGGGUUGGAAGAAAAGAACCACAAUUGUCUGUGGAAUUGAUGGAGGAAAACAUCAGACAACUUGAAAACACAUUGAAAGAAGAAAGAAGAAAGAUCGAAGAGUACAGAGGAUUGAAAGAACAGCAAAAAGAAGAAGAGAAAGUAAUGGAAGAGUUGAGGCAAAGGUUUCACUACGAAGAAGCAGGAAGUGAGGUUGCAUCUAUUCUCCAGUCUAUCAUGGUCUACCUCAUGCAUCUUGAAAAAAAGAUUGAGAUGAACACCGCCGCAGUUGAGUCCAUGACCAAAAUGAUGAAAGGGAAAGACAAGGUGGUGUAUGAGGAGGUGACCAAGGGGGAAGAAGAUAAGAAACCCCAGGAGAAAAUAAUAAAGGAUGCAAUGAAACGGGUCACGCCCGAGAAACCGGAAGGUUCCAAGAAAGACCCUGAGAAGCCGGAUGAAAAGAAAGAAGAACCCACCAUAAAGAUAGAAGAAUCAGCGAAAGAACUGGAAAAGCCUAAGAAAAAGGAAAAGGUGAAAAUGAAGUUACCAUUCACCUACAGUAACAAGAAGGAUGAAAACUUGUUGUUGUGGAUUGCCGAAAUCCAGACUUACUGUAGUACCGCACCCGUAGAACCCAAGAGUCAGGUUGCUUUCUCAACGUGUUGUUUAGGAGGAGUGGCCAAGGAAUGGGUGUUGACCGAGGCCAAUUCCGAUGGCUUUGAGGAUAUUGGUGAGUGGGCAAAGACCCUGACGUUGAGGCAAUUUCUCCAAAAGAUAAAGGAGAGGUUCCUGGAUAAGGCAACAGUCGAUAAGGCUUUCGAUGAACUCACGACGAUAGGCCAGAAACGUUGGACUUUUGUCGAUGCCUUGUCUCGUGAAGUGGAUCGUCUUUCGCAGGUACCUCGACUGAACCUUCAAGACAACCAGGUUCUCUACAUCUACUCACGUGCACUGCCCGAGCCCAUUCGUGGACAGCUCGUGGCGGAAGCUAAGUCUGGGAAGUAUAACUACCGACAAUUUUGCGAUCUCGCUCUCCAACGAGAGCAGAUGACCGCGCAGGUAAAAGGUUCGUACGCUUCAGUUGUCAAGCCGGGACCGGUUGGUGGGUACGGCAAGCGGGUCCUCUGGCGGCAAAACCGCCAUGAUCAUAUGCUUGUGUUAUUUGAUGAUGAAACAGUAGAGAAGUUACCUCUUGGUGAGACUGAGGGAGGAGGGGGUAAGGGCGGCAGUGAAUGUGAGAAGGGUGAUGUCACUGCCGUAUUGGCCAACAAGGGAUGCCAGAACCAAUGGAAGAAGAAGAAGAGGCCACACUUGUUUCCCGAGCAUCCCGGCAUUGCGUUCGGAAGACCUUGGGAAAAUAUGAAUAUGACUAGGGAGGAGUGGCAGUCCAAGAUGGACAAUCGCGAGUGCCUCAAGUAUGGCACCGUGGGGCAUGUGAUCGCUUUGUGCCCACUUAUCUGUAACCCAAAAGCGAGCGGCUAGUAGGAGUAGCAUCUGCUCCUACUCAGUCGAAGGGUAAAGACGAAGAAAAAGGUAAGGCGCCUACAACCCCUUCUACCCCUUCGACUCUCAAGGCAGAGGAUGACUCUUCUUCCGCCCAUCGUCCAGAGAACCCUGACACUGUGCUUUGUUCUGUCUCACUGGACGAUUCCCUUGACAAACUCGACAAUGAACUGAUAGCACUACGGAGUUCAUGGGCGAAGAAAGCAAAGUCUAAGGGUGAGUUAAUGAUCGCGGAUGUUGAGAUUGCGCACACUCGAGUAGGUGCUCUGUUAGAUCCGAGAUCGACGUGGCCUUAUAUCUCAAAGAAGGCAAUUUGAAAAUUGCAUUGGGAAUGAAGGUAAAAGAUUUACCUAGACCUAUCACGUCUAUACUGGGUGAUAAGAGCACGAUCACUGUCUCUCAAUACACCGAUCGUGUCAAGUGCUAUUUCAAGACAAAGGAAUGUAAGAGAAUUCUACACGAGGUAUCCUUCUUAAUUGAAAACAAUUUACCCUUUGACUUAAUUCUGGGUAUGGAUUGGCAUGAGGAAGCCGACCGAGAAGUCAAGUUCAAAGAUAAAAUUGUCAAACUUAA